AUAUAAAUUCAGAAUGAAAUCACAGAAUGAUGAACUGAUAAAGUCUGAUUAUCCAGGAGUUACUCUGAUUGUCACAGAGCUCCUAGUGGAUCUGAGACCUGCUGCAGAGGUGACUGAGGGUCAGAGAGUCACCUUAACCUGCAGGACCAGCUGUCCUCUUAGUGAAAACACAAACUACACUUGGUACUUGAACAGUCAGCAUCUGAGUCUCACAGAAACACAAAGCAAACAGCUCAUUAUAGAUGCAUUUAGCCGCCAGGAUGAAGGAAACUACUCCUGCGCAGUUGAAAUGAUCAGAUCAGCUGUAAAGACUCUGACUGUCCAACGAAGAACAGUAAACUGGAAACCAGCAGCUGCAGGACUUUCUGCCGCUCUCUUGGUUCUGGUAUCUCUCAGUGUUUUCUUGUAUAGAAGCUGGAAAUAUAAGAUUUCCAGUCAGCCUCCUAGACAUGAGAUAGUUAACUACCCGGAGGAGGAAACAUCUUGGGUUAUUUAUGAAAACUGUGGAGCAGAGCCUGAACUUCACUUUCCUUUCCCAAAGAUGAGAUCCUUUCCACUCCAGCAUCCAACCAUUUCAGUAGCGAGAAGAGGACCACGUUCUCCACAUCACAGUCAACCUUCAACCUAAGACCGCUCCAUACUAAAAGCUAUCUUGUG